AUGAAUAACUUAAGGCUUCUUGUUAUCAUCGCAAUUCCACUGGCAUGUGUGGAAGCUGAAGAGAAUUGGCUGGAUUUGGAACACUCCACGAUAGGGAAUCUGUCUGAAAGUGAUUGGCCGGGUGUAUGUAACACCGGCCAUAAGCAGAGUCCCAUCGAACUGAACGAGGCUUAUGCCACAAACGGACCAACGAAGUUGCAUAUAUUGAACGAUACCGUGGAGCAGCCACAUCUGGCACUGCUCUACAAUGGCUAUGUGGUGAUUUUGCACAACUUCACCCAGUUCCGUGAGCUGGUCUAUGUGGCAGAGCAGAUUCACUUCCAUUGCGGCGCAGAGCAUGUGCUGGAGAAUGCCCGUCAUGACAUGGAGGUGCAAAUCGUGUUCCGCCUGGAGUCGGCGGCCAGUCUGAAGGAGGCUUUCAACCAGACAAAGGGUUUGGUUAUUGUGAGCGUCGUCUUUGCGGUCUCCUAUGUGCGCAGCCGUGCCAUGGCCGCCAUUGUGGACACGCUGCGUGGUCAGCCCUUGGUGAAUGAAUCCACAUGGAAGAUCAACGAAAUUAACUCAAUAUUUCUGAUGCGGGAGCUGUACGGUGACAUUGGAGCCUACUAUCAGUAUCGAGGCUCCCUGACAGUGCCUGGAUGUGGGGAGAAUGUCGAGUGGAUUGUCAAGGCCAAGGUGCAGACACUGACACGGGAUCAGAUGGAGCUAUCGGGAGCUGCAGGAUGCCAAUACGCGGCAGGUUUUCUACUUUGCAGAAAGUAG